CACAGAGAGAGCGAAGGGGGAAGCGCGCCCCCGGGAACGCGCGCCACCACCUCGCUGACAGUUGCUGGCGGCGGGUUUUGAAUUUAGAGUCUAGACCUCCAUAAACAGCAAAGCUCGGCACACUUCAUCCUCCCAUUGGUUAAGCUCGGGUCACGUGUGAAAGGCGUCUGUGGGCGGGAGGGAGGAACGCUUGGUUCUGAGCGCGCGACGGCCAUAUUGGUUCUGCUGUGUGCCCGCCUGUUUUGUGUUUCAUUCUACCCGGGGAGGAGCGGCUGGAGGCGGCGUACGCGUUCGGGCGGGAAGGUACUUCCAGGGACCCCUGCCUUCCCUUUCUCCUGCCCCCAACUCUCGUGGCCGGGCUCACUGACCGCCACCCCACUUUUCCCGCCCUGCACACGGCUGGGUCUCUUCCCCUCGUUUCCCCGCGCAUUGUUCGCGCCAUGGCGGCUGCGGUGGCGGCCUCCACGCCGGUGGGGCAGCGGACCCGGAGCAGCGCGGCCAGCACUCCUCUGAGCCCGACGCGCAUCACCCGCAUGCAAGAGAAGGAGGACCUGCGGGAGCUCAAUGACCGCCUGGCCGUCUACAUCGACAAAGUGCGGAGCCUGGAGAUCGAGAACAGCGCGCUGCAUUUCCAGGUCACCGAGCGCGAAGAGGUGCGUGGCCGGGAGCUCACCGGCCUCAAGGCGCUCUAUGAGGCCGAGCUGGCCGAUGCCCGGCGCACCUUGGACGACACGGCCCGGGAGAGGGCCAAGCUGCAGAUCGAGCUGGGCAAGAUACGCAACGAGCAUGACCAGCUGCUGGGCAGCUAUGCAAAAAAAGAAUCUGAUCUGAAUAUAGCCUUGUCUAAACUUCGAGAGUUUGAAUCUGCUCUAAAUGCUAAAGAAGCGGCACUUGCCACAGCACUUGGUGAUAAGAAAAGUCUCGAAGGGCAGCUAGAGGAUCUGAAAGAUCAGAUUGCUCAGCUUGAAGCUGCUCUAGCAGCUGCUAAGAAACAGCUCAUAGAUGAAACAUUAAUGAAGGUGGAUCUUGAAAAUCGUUGUCAGAGUUUGAUUGAAGACUUGGAAUUCCGAAAAAAUAUGUAUGAAGAGGAAAUCAAUGAGACAAGACGAAAGCAUGAGACUCGCCUAGUAGAAGUGGAUUCUGGGCGUCAAAUAGAAUAUGAACAUAAACUGGCCCAAGCACUUCAGGAAAUGAGAGAGUUGCAUGAUACACAAGUGAAGUUGUAUAAGGAAGAACUUGAAGAGACUUACCAUGCCAAACUUGAAAAUGCAAGACUUUCCUCUGAAAUGUCCAGUUCUGCGGCCAACACAGUAAGAGAAGAACUCAUGGAAAGUCGCAUGCGCAUUGACAGCCUCUCUUCCCAGCUGGCUAAUUUGCAGAAAGAGUCCAGAGGAUGGCUGGAGAGGAUGCAAGAACUGGAAGAUAUUCUGUCUAAGGAAAGGGAUACCUUCCGUAGAACACUGUCUGACAAAGAGAGAGAAAUGGCGGAGAUACGAGAUCAGAUGCAACAGCAGCUGAAUGAUUAUGAGCAGCUAUUAGAUGUAAAACUGGCUCUGGAUAUGGAAAUCAAUGCAUAUAGGAAGCUUUUGGAGGGUGAAGAAGAAAGGUUGAAACUUACUCCAAGCCCAUCUUCUCGUGUGACAGUAUCUCGGGCUUCUUCAAGCCGCAGUGUGCGCACAACCAGGGGAAAGAGGAAGAGAGUUGAUGUUGAAGCUUCGGAGGCUAGUAGUAGUGUUAGCAUCUCUCAUUCAGCGUCUGCUACUGGAAAUAUCUGCAUUGAAGAGAUAGAUGUAGAUGGGAAAUUUAUCCGCUUGAAGAACACUUCUGAUCAGGAUCAACCAAUGGGAGGUUGGGAGAUGAUAAGAAAAAUAGGAGACACUUCUGUCACUUACAAGUAUACCUCAAGAUAUGUGCUGAAGGCAGGCCAAACUGUUACAAUCUGGGCUGCAAAUGCUGGGGUAACAGCCAGCCCUCCUUCAGACCUCAUCUGGAAGAACCAGAACUCGUGGGGCACUGGCAAAGAUGUGAAAGUUGUACUGAAAAACUCUCAGGGAGAGGAGGUUGCUCAGAGGAGCACAGUCUUCAAAACAACCUUACUUGAAGUUGAAGAGGGGGAAGAAGCUGAGGAAGAACCAGUUGAAGCUGUAGAAGAGGAGCAUCUAUUCCACCAGCAGGGAGACCCACGAGCAGCCAACAGAAGCUGUGCAAUCAUGUAAACUUCAGUCAUCUAUAUUCCUCAGUUAUGUUAAUCCCCUUCCAGCAGAGGUGAACCUUCUUGGAAGCACAACAUAUUUUUGUAUUUCCUUUUUGUGAAUUUUAAAGCUGUGUCUGGCCUUAAUUUCCUUUGUCACAAAGAAGGAGGUUUUUGUAAGUGAAACCAUAUAUAUAGCUUUUUGAAAUGUGAAAUAUUGACACUGAAUAAUGUACUGUUUUUCAAAAACAGCUGCCACAUUUUUAUGCUGGUCCUUUUUUAAAUAUCCUCGUUCAAAGAAACUACUGUAUGGGGAGUUUGGCUGUUAGACUAGCAAUCUGCUCUUGUCCUUUUACAUUCUUAGGUGCUUGGGGGGAAGGGGAAGGAAAGGUACAUUCAACACACUUUUGUAUUGAGAACUUUUGUAUUUUAGCAAUCAAGUUACACAAAUUUUACUCAGAACAUUUGUAAAGAACCUUGUCUAUCAAUUGCAUCAUAGGAGGAUGAAGGAUUCAACAAAAAUUCUUUUGCUAGUUUUACUUCUAUUAGAUAGUUAAGGAAAGGGGCUUGUGUUCAAUGUAUCAAUAGAUGUGUUUUUAAAUUCUAGUGUAACUUGCAUACUUUUGUGUCAGAUUAACAAUAAAGGCUGUCUUAAGACUUGUA